AUUGGAAAAAAAAAUUGAAACGUGCUCCCUUAAUAAAUAUUUUACAGAUUCAAUUUUUAUUUAAUAAGAAAAAACGAAAUUUGAAAAACUUUUUUUUUCUAAUAUAAUUAAAUAAUUUUGUAUAAUUUAAUUUUAUUUUAAUUGCAAAGAAAACGGACGAAAGAACGCAUUAGCUUGUUCUCAGUUGGAUAACGAGGGAAAAUCACCAAUUAAAAAUAAGUUUUAUAAAAAAAACUGUAGAAUGAAAUUUUAACUGCUGUAGGGCACAACUGAUUACAAAAUUGCACACAUUAACCUGAAGUUAAAAAUUGCAAAUACAAAUAAAUAUAAAAAAGGAAUAUUUUACUAAUUUAAAUAACUUGAAAUUGAAUUUUAACAUUUGAAAGAAGAAAGAUAAUUUUAAUCAGUAUGGCUGAUAAAACUGAAACGCGAAUGAAUUUAACAGCUAUUAAGAGAAUUGAUCCUUAUGCUAAAGAUAUAAUAGAUUCAUCUGCUCAUGUUGCUUUUUAUACAUUUAAUUCAGAAGAAAAUGAAUGGGAAAAAACUGAUGUUGAAGGAGCAUUAUUCAUAUAUAGCAGAAAUGCUGAGCCAUUUCAUAGUAUAUUUAUAAAUAACCGUAUAAACACGAAUUCUUUUGUGGAACCAGUUACUGGUCAUUUAGAAUUGCAGUCACAACCACCAUUUUUAUUAUAUCGCAAUGAGCGUUCUAGAAUUCGUGGCUUUUGGUUUUACAAUAGCUCCGAAUGUGAUCGAAUAGGUGAAAUUGUUAGACGUUUAAUUACUGAAUGCGGUUUAAAAAAGGAUGGCACCAACAUACAAAAGAAUUUAGAUGUAGUGAUACCCAGCAACAAUCAUAUUAAUAUAUUUACAAUGUUGAGUAAAGCUCAAGAAGAAUUUAAUAAUUCAGCAAACACAAAUCCAGUUGUCAUACAAACUCAAGGUGGUGGUAGUAUCGGAAAUAUGUGUAUGCCAACUGUACAAAAUUUGGAAAGUCGAACUUUGUUUUCAAGCAUUCAACAAAAUAAUAUUAAUAAUAACAUUAAUAAUAAUAAAGUUCAUUCAGACCUAACAUCACAAAGCGUAAUGAAUUUUUUUGCCAAUGCAAAACCUGCGGUAACAUCAGAAGCUCCUCCAUUAUUUCAAAGACUAAUAUCAAGUCCAGUACCCGUAGAACAAAUUGAAAAGCAGCAAAGAGCAUCGACACCACAUGAGAGCGGUAGAGUCCCAUCACCAAUAUCAUCAAAUAUUUCUAUGGGAAUAAAGGGUAUUGAAAAUCAUUCACCCAAAAUUAGAAACAAUAAAGAUAUUAUAUCGCCGCUUAUUAAUUUAAAUAUUAAUGAAAAUGAUAAAGGAACUGCUUCAACAAAAUUGCACACUGAUUUAGAUCUACAACAAAAAUUAAUUCAAAAAUUGGCAAAUACUUAUACUGCCAAUUAUCCGCCACCACCACCGGGUAUUAUCAAUCAUCAAAACAGUAAUAAUUCUGGUAAUAGCAAUAAACCAGAAUUAAUGCCACCCACAAUGUUUCUUUCAUCAUCAUCUAAUGAGGCACCACCACCACCAUUAUUACCACAAACAUCUGCAGUAAUUAAUAACUCAAAUAGAAUAAUAGCUUUUCCAUUGCGAGAUGCCAAUAAUAUUCAACCGGUAACGGCUCCAACACCUGUUGGAAGACCAGAACCUCUAACACAAAUGCAGUUGCAACAAGCAAUGCAUUACCUCUUACAAAAUGAUCCGGAUUUUAUUAGGAAAUUACACGAAGCUUACUUAAAAUUUUUUAAUGAAAAAGUUUCAGUCUAAAAUAAAAUUUAAAUACUUAAAAAAUAUGUUUAACCGUAGAAAGAAAAAAACACAAAAAAAAAACAAAACUAUUAAUUAAAAUUGAAAAGGAAAAAAAGAUAAUUACUGUUUUCUUUAUUAAGUAAUUAAAGUUAGAAAAAAAUUUUUUGCACUAAUUUUUAGUGAGAGGAAAUUUGUUGAAUUUUAAGAAAAAUAUUUUUAGAAAGUUUGGCAAGCAGUAAAUGCCCCAAAGCUUUUUUUUUUUGUAAAUAGGUUAAAAAAAUUUUUUAAAUUUUGGUGAAAAAUACAAAAUUAUUUUAUAAUUCUUCAAUAAAAAAGCAUAAAACAAGUAUUGAGAUUUAUU